GCCAGUACCCCUUAUCCGGGUGUUGCCCCGCUGCCUCCGGCUUCAUUUCCCUCUAAAGCGCAGGCGCAAGCGCAUCCCAGGGCUUGCAGACCGGAAAGACAACUUCCCCGAGUCCCGCCUGCGUCCUCCACUGAUUGACAGCAAGAACAAACCGAUCAGCGUGCAGCAAACGAGAGUGGGUCCGCCCUGCUAGGACGCGCGCGCAACGCGCCUCGCUCCGGGCAUGAGGGACUGCGGGGUUUGGGGCCGCGUUCUUGGCGGCUGGCGGCGGGGAGUAGGGCUCCGCACGGAGACCAGGGACGCAGGGUUCGGCUCCGAGGCCCGGCAUCAGCCGCACCCUCAAGGCCCCGGCCGGGCUUCGGAGCCCCUCGGCGAGCAGCCUUUCCCGGGCCUGCAGUGGUCGGAGGGUCUUAACCGCGAAGAGCUGGUCGACGUGCUGAGGGAGGCCGUGGUAGACCAGAGAGGACCUCUCGUGGCACUCAACAAGCCGCAGGGCCUGCCGGUGACAGGAAAGCCAGGAGAGCUGACGUUAGUCUCGGUGCUGCCUGAGCUGAGCCAGUCCCUGGCGCUGGGGGCGUCGACACUGCAGGUUGUGCAGGCACCCGGGAAGGAGGCCUCUGGGCUUGUCCUCCUCUCCAGCUGUCCCCAGACGGCCAGCUUCCUAUACAAGUUCUUCACCCAAGCACGGAGAACCCAGAGACCCACAGCCACCUACUGGGCUGUCACCCACGGGGUCCCAGCCACGCCUGAGGGCAAGAUCCAGACAGCUCUGAGGCUGCAGGAGGUUGAUGGGGUCAGCCUGGUCAUCCCAGUCAAGUCCCCAACCCGGAAGGACAUCCUGGCAAAUGUCAAAAGAACCCUCAGCUACUUCCAUGUGAUGGCCACAGGCUCCGGCUGUGCCCUUGUCCAGCUACAGCCUCUGACAGGUUUCCCCAGACAGCUGCAGGUACACAUGAUGCUGCAGCUCUGCCCUGUGCUUGGGGACCACAUUCACGCAGCCCGCGUGGGCACUGUCCUGGGCCAGCGCUUUCUGCUGCCAGCUGAGAACACCAAACCCAGGAGACAGGUCCUGGACGCAGCUCUCCUCCAACGCCUUCGGCUGACCCCCUCACAGGCCGCCCAGCUGCCCCUGCACCUGCACCUGCGCCAUCUCCUCCUCCCGGGCACGGGGCCCAAGGAUGCCCCCAUCCAGCUUGCGGCCCCCCUGCCCACAUACUUCUCCAGGACCCUGCAGUGCCUCAGGCUGUGCCAACAAGAGCCCUCCGUGUGUCCCUGACGUCCUA